UAUUGCUUAAUCAUUUUUUAUCUGAUUUCUAAAUAAAAUAAUAAUAAAUAAAAUAAUGAAUUGUAGGCAACGUGUUGGAAAAGAUCUCGAUGAAUCGAUUUACGAAGAAAUAUGUGACAUUAUAUUCGACUUAAUACCUCAAGCACCGCAAUUGAAACAGCUCUUUUUAAAUUGGAGUGAAUUAAACGACAGAGAAAGAACACGAUUAGAUUUUAAAUAUCUGUUAUGGUGUUGUCCUAAAAGAAGACAACUUUACAAAUCAUUACGCGAAGCCAUGAUCCGUUGGGAAAAUAUACAGGAGACUGAGGGUGCACCAGGAUGUGAACCAAGUACGAUACCGUCACGUUAUUCUCAUUUAGAAGAGGAACUUGGAAAUUUGGUUUUUAAUAUGGAAAUUUGUUUGUUAAAAAGAUCCGAAAAUAUUCAUGAACGUGUUGUUGAUAAACGAACAACAACUGACAGUAAUAGUCCUUCUUCAAGUAAUAUUAAUUAUAAGAGAAAUAGUUUCACGUUAUUAUCAAAUUGUAAAGAUUAUUGUCAUUUCAUUACCAAUUCGAAAACUAGCUCUUUACGUUCUGUACAUAGCUGGUGUUGUUCCGUAGACAGUAAAAGUUCCGAGGACGAGUUAAGUGGUUAUUUGACAAAUUGAUAUUCAUCAAUAAUCCUAUACAUUUGUUUGUUAUUGUUUCUAUCGUAUUAUUUUUUUUUUCUUCUUUUUUUUCUUUAGAAUAAACGAUACAUCAUCUUGCAUUGAACGAACUCUCUUUUUCGAUGAGAAAAAGAGACGACGUUAAUGAC